AUGGAGAACCCUGACACCAAACCGGCCUAUGCCGACGAAAAGCUGCCCCCGAAAGCCGGCAGCACCGACUCGGCCGCAGAAACUGAAGGGGGCGAAGGCGUACCCUGGGCACACCUCGAAAAAGCCCCGGACGGCGGCCUCGAGGCGUGGCUUGUGAUUCGGCCAGGAGCCAUCAUCUUCGUCUUCGCCAUCAUGAUGACCAGUCUCUGCAAAGAGUACUGGCAGUUCAUGCUCGCCCAGGGCCUCUUGCUCGGCCUCGGCAUGGGCCUGAUGGUAUUCCCCGCCAUGACGGCCGUCUCACAGUUCUUCGACAAGAAGCGAGCCGCCGCCCUCGGACUCACCGUGUCCGGAUCCUCCAUUGGCGGUAUUGUCAUGCCCAUCAUCUUGUCCAAGAUGCUCCGGAGCUCCCUCGGCUUCGGCUGGUCGCCCCUGGUUCCUGACCGCACCGUUCAAGGACCGCACCUACGUGCUCCUGAUCGCGGCCAUCUUCUUCAUCUUCGUCGGCAUGUUUACCCCGCUGUUUUACCUUCCUCGUACGCCGUCCACCGCGGCAUAAACGCCAACUUGGCCUCGUACAUGCUCGCCAUCCUCAACGGCGCAUCGACGUUUGGCCGCAUCGUUCCCGGCAUCCUGGCCGAUAAGUUUGGAAGGGUCAACAUCUUGGCCAUCGCCGGUCUCGUCAACGGAAUCGUCAUCUUCUGCUUUAACGAGGUCACCGGCACCGCCGGAAUCGUUGUCUAUGCCGUCUUCUUUGGGGCCCCCUUCAACGGGAUGCUGAUGGACCGGUAUCACGGGUACUUUGAAGUCGCCAUGUUCAGCGGCGCCAUGUGUCUCUUUGGCGGGAUCCUUGUCCUGUUCGCCAAGAAGGCCACUGGGAAGGGCAUGCUCGCCCUAAUCUGA